CGCUGCAGUAGAAGCUCGGGGCUCUGUGUUCUGCUGGAGCCGGGACGCCUGCCCUGGUUAUAUACCCCGUGCGGGGCCGGCAGUAUCUGAGGGAGCCAGGCAGAAAUUAUCAAAUGGAUUUCCACACAGAAAACAUGGCUGACAUUUUGGAAAAUGAGCAGUUCUUCAAAACAUCCUACCAAGAACCGGAAGAAGGUUUGAAAUCCUUUCCCAUAAGUGUAAGACCUUCCUGGCAGGAUGUGAAACUUGGCAAGCUGACGCAUGAUAACGGCUUAUUGGUGACACACGUCAAUCAGACACAGGACCUGCUGAGACUGGCAAAUACAGAAUAUGGACAGAACGAUACACAGUCCUCUGAAGAAUGGAUUCACCGCAACGGCAUAGAAUCCAGACACCUCACCAUACAAGACCUGCUCAAACUGGGACGUAUCAUCAUGAAAUCUUCAAAAAAUGCUGCAAAACAGAUUGAAUUUACUGCUGAAACCAUAAAUGAAUUUACAAUCAAAAUACAUGAGGCUAUUGAACAUAACCAUAACAGAGUCCGCUGGCUGAUGGAAGGCAGCAGGAAGAUGUUUGGCCUUGUAAAAGGAAAAAAUGUAGGACUGCUGAUCGAUUCAUCGCAUCUGAACUGUGGUCCACGGAGAAUGGAUUUCUUAAGAGGCCUCUUGUGCCUUGUAGAUGAGCAGCUGUGCUAUAAGGAUCAGAUUUUCCUGAUGUCAUUUGGAACCGAUGUCUCGUGUCUCUGGGAGACUGCACAAAAUGUAAACAUACGUACCCUACAUGAAACCAGACAGUGGAUUCAAGAGUUACAACCUCGAGGUGGCUGUAACUUGCUUCUAGCCUUACGAAAAGCUCUGCGGAUCCAAGAUCUGGAUUCUCUUGUCAUUAUUGUCAGCAACUGCCCUGACCAGUCACCAGACGUCUUAUCUGACUACCUUCUGCAGUGCACUCUGGGAAGAAACGUCCAAUUCCACAUUGUUGCAUUUGACAGCAUUGGGCAGGCUGAUUUACAAAGGCUAGCUGACGCAAUUGGUGGACAUUUCCAUUGCUUUUCUUCAUGGAAAGAGGAUGAGAUCUAUGCCAGCACCGAUAUAAAGUUACUUUUCAAAGAGGUGCAGAAAGCUGUUGACACCUUAAAUGGGAUCAAGGAAAUGCAGCAAGGGAGACUGGAUGACACCAUUAUCAGUAUAAUGCAGGAGAUAUCAACGGAGGUUGCCAAAAUGCCUCCCUCUACCUUUCUUCCUAAACCUCCCAAUCAUGAUGGACCACUGAACAUUGAAAUACCAAAUUUUUCACCCAAAACUUCAGCUGAAUGGCUCAAGAAAAAUGGAUUAAAAGCCAAAAAACUGAACCUCUAUCAAAUACUAGCUCCUAAUGCUUAUUCUCUGGUGGAGGAGUUUGUACCUAUACUUCAGAAAACUGUAUCAUCUACACUUCAUGAGCGUGCAAUGAUGCAGUUUGAAUGGCAUGAUGGUUCUGUGAAAAACAUUCACGUGGACCCUCCAGAGCUCUAUGAAUACCAGAAACAGCUUGCCAAAGCAGCGCGGACCUAUGAAAAGAGAAUAGACUGGCUCACAAAGGGAAGCAGAAGACUGUGGGGAACAGUGUGUGAGAAAAGGGUUGUGUUGCUGUUGGACAUAUCAGCUGAGAAUGCCUUGCACAUUAUACACAUCCAGCAUUCUCUCCGACUUCUCCUGGAGGAGCAAAUGGCAAACAAGGAUUUGUUUAACAUAAUAGCAUAUGGAAGUGAUAUUCAGUUCUGGAAAUCAGAACUGGUCACGGCAACUUGUGAAAAUUUGCAAAGUGCUUGGAAGUGGGUGCUGGCCUUGCAGUGUGAAGGUGGAAGGAACGUUAUGGGUGCUAUACAGAGAGCAGUGGAAUUCAACUUCACUGAUAAAGAGAAUGAAGAAUCGCAGGGAAUGUACUUAUUUACAAGUGGUGCUCCAGACCAGGACGUGCAGGCAAUUUCCGCUUACUUGUCAGAAGUAGCCGCCGGCUGUGAUUUACAACUCCACAUCUGCCUGUAUGACAUUAGUGAUGACAGCUGUGCUGACAAUGACAGGAGUGACACCAUCCAUGUUUUACAAAAUUUGGCGCAUGUGACUAAUGGAAGGUUUCAUUGGUUUGAUGAUAAAGGUAUGAUUGACAGUGAUGACAUCAAUUGUCUCAUAUCCGAGAUGGAAAAAGCUGUUAACUUUUCCAAGAAGUGCGCCUACUUGGUGGAAUCCUUAAAGCUGCGAACAGGGAAUAAAGAUGAGACAAUUUCUCCAGGAGAAGGAUCAGUGAUCCCAUACCAGAAAGAGAAAUGCAAGCCGAAAAAACUGCCAUUUCCAAAGCCAACCGCUCUGACACUUGCUCGAAUGGGUAUUAAAGAUGAGCAAGAUGGCAAGAAGGACACUGCCAUGAAAGCAUUACUCUGGCGACCAAAUAGUGCCAAGGCUGAUAUUCCUCCAGCACAACCAUUGAAAGACCGGGAUUUGGUUAAUGACAAGAAAGUGAAACAAAAGAAACAUCAGAAAAUGUCAUUCAAUGUCUUUUAUACAGGAAAUGGGAGGGAUGUUGGGGUGGUGUACAAAGACUAUCCAAUGUCCAAGGCUGUAAGGAAAUAUAUUCCUUUCAUUGUAUUACCAAAAGAGGAUGAAAUCUGUUCAACAAAAGUAUGGCUAAAAAAGUAUGGAUUGAAGAGACUGAAGUUGGAGCUACCCAAGUUGGUCUUUGGCCCGGACUGCACUCACCAGAAAAAGUUGGUGCCAACGCUGAAUAAAAAAGUCUCCGCUAAAUACUGCACCAUUUUCCCAAGUGUGGAGAUCAAUGGAGUGGUGAGACAUCUACAGUUUCAGCCGAAGGAGUUGGAGGAGUAUAUUGAACAGAUGGAGAAGGUUUUAAGACGCUAUAUCCAAAGGCUGCAGUGGCUCUUGUCUGGGAGUCGCAGACUGUUUGGGACCAUACUGGAGGAUAAGGUGUGCAUACUUAUUGAUGCGUCCAGUUCCAUGGCUCCUUUCCUGGCAGAGCUGCAGAAAGGGCUGACAUCACUCCUGUGGGAACAGCUGAGGGCAAGAAACAUCUGCUUCAAUAUGAUAAGCUUUGCGGAAAACAUUGAGCCGUGGCAAGAGUGUUUGGUGGAAGCCACUGAUGAAGCGUGCCAGGAUGCUGUGCAAUGGCUAUCCAGGCUACAGCCUCGCGGGAACACCUGCAUGUUCCAUGCUGUGGAGAAAGGUUUCACUUAUCCGGAUGUGCAAAGUCUCUACCUCGUGACAGAUGGGAAGCCGGACAUUAGCUAUAACCUCUUGCUGGCAGAACAUCUUCUAAAGCCUCACAAUAUUAAAGUGAACACUAUUUCUUUGAACACAUCAGAAAGAACAGGAAAUGAAUUCCUCAAGAAGAUGGCUUCUCUGUCCGGCGGGAGAUACCAUUCCUCUCACGGGGCUACAGAUGGACACUUUGUUGCACACAGGUUGCUGACAGAGGGCUUUUCUGAUGAAGAUGAUCCAGUUCUUCCAACAUUUGAAGGUGACGAUUUAAAGAGACUUGCUAAAGAAAUAGACAAAGCUCGCCGAUUUGUCACACAAGCAAGAUCAUUCCGGUCUCUUGUAUUAGAAAAACAGAAAUUUGGCUCCCAAACUUUGUCUCUGGAAGGAAGUGAUCUCUCAGAUGAAAGAAAUGGGAUCAAAGCAGGAACUAUGACUUAGUGAAUGUGGGGAAGACCUGAUGGAAGCCUAAAUAAUACCUGUGCUGUUAUAUAGAGAGUGUUAAUGCAGUUAUGUGACUGCCUAACAGAUACUUACCGUUACCGAGUAUUGGCAGGUGUAAUGUAUCAAUUAAGUGCUUUGAUUUUAUUAAAUGCGCAUGUGGGCACUAAAUACAUGCAAUGCACUAUAGAGGAGAACUGACUAAUUCACUUAAAUAAUGUUUGGGUUACGGUUAUUAUGUGACAGUUGAUUUGGUUUACAGAAUAAUAUAGGGAACAUCUUUUAUACUGUUAAACUGUACAGUAUGUGCAAUAAAGUUUAUUUUGUAACAAUA